AUGAAAGAAGAUUUUUGGUCAGUAGGUUCACUGAAGACAUAUAGUGGGACCUUGCAAAAGUAUUGUAGUGUUUUCACUUUUGAGUUUGAAAGGCAGACCGAUCGAGUGCUGCAUCCUGUCUAUAUGAACGAUCGAAGAGUUCGGCAAGAUCCAAUAGAACAAGGCACUUUAGCUGCUUCAAGGGUCGAGCAGGCAGCACGGCAAUAUUUGCACAGAAUGCUAUUUGUUGAUCAUGAAAAGCUGAGGUUGAAGAAAAAAGGAAAUAGUUGGAAGAUGCAAGCAUAUAGAUUGUGCGCUGGAGUUCUCAGCUUAGGCAUCAGUGUGGAUAUUGAUGGCUCACUUGGGGAUUCAGAUGGUCUGAAGGAAACUGGCUCAAAAAAGCGACAAAGAUCUGAAUUAUGCAGCGGAUCAAGUUCCAAAGCUUGCAGGGAGAAGAUGCGGAGAGAUAAGCUAAAUGACAAGUUUGUGGAAUUGGCUUUUCUCCUUGAGCCUGGUAGGCCUCCCAAAACAGACAAAGCUGCUAUUUUGGUUGAUGCUGCUCAUAUGGUGACUCAGUUGAGGGGUGAAACCCAGAAGCUGAAGGACUCAAAUUCGAAUCUCCAGGAGAAGAUUAAAGAACUGAAGGCCGAGAAGAAUGAGCUCCGGGACGAAAAACAGAGGCUGAAGGCCGAGAAAGAGAAGCUAGAGCAACAACUAAAAGCCAUGAAUGCCCAACCUAGCUUCCUUCCCCCUCCUGCCAUCCCUGCUGCAUUUGCUGCUCAGGGCCAAGCUGCAGGCAACAAAUUGGUGCCUAUUAUUAGCUACCCAGGAGUGGCCAUGUGGCAGUUCAUGCCACCUGCUGCUGUUGAUACUUCACAGGAUCAUGUGCUUCGCCCACCAGUCGCCUAA